CUCCACCACCACCAACACCACCACAUCCAUCUUCCAGGCACUGCCGUUGCAGCAGCCAUAAAUCUAGACCAGACGAGUCAUAGCUCGCUGACCGUUGUGCGUUGUCAGGCCGUGGGCAGCAGCAGCAGCAGGAGCACGAACGAGCCAAGUCCGAGCUUCGUCUCGACACCCAAUCGUCAGGGCGUGCAAUCACACCAGACUUCCUUCGCCCUGUCCCUGUCACAUCGUCCUCGACAGUACUCGCCCAAAUUGGCCAACCCAACCCAACCCAACCCAACACGUUCCCGACUGUGCUAUAAAAUAACUUGCGCCUGCCCACCCCUUGCUGUGGCGCCAUAA